CCCUCGCCGAGCUCCUUCCACUGAAUCCUACAUUCAGCAGCACCAGCACGGACCACUACCAUCUCAAUCUCACGCACCCCCCAAAUUGCAACCAGGGUCCCGAGGUCCCUCCCUCCUGUCCUGGGGCCGCCAAUCCUCUCCCCACCCCCACCCCAAUCCAACGGAUCCGAUCGGCAGAUCGGCGGCGCGCGAGGAUGGGCAUCUCGAGCAUGCCGGCGCCCAAGGACAGCCUGCUGGGGUUCGUGCUGUACAACGCGGCGGCGUCCGUCGCGAUCCUGUCGGGUCUGGUGCGCGCCGCGCUGCUCUUCCUGGGCGUGGCGGCGGCGCCGUCGUCGUCCCCGUGGGAAGCGCCGGAGGAGGAGCGGCGGCAGCAGCAGCAGGGGGCGGUGAGGGUCACGCCCGUGGGGCCCACCCUCGCGGACCGGUUCCGGAGCAGGUUCCGUCCGUCGCGCUUCGGGCGGCGCCGCGGCUGCGGCGGUUCGGGGGACUGCCGCGUGUGCCUGGUGCGGUUCGAGCCGGAGUCGGUGGUCAACCGGCUCCCCUGCGGCCACCUCUUCCACCGCGCAUGCCUCGAGACCUGGCUCGACUACGACCACGCCACCUGCCCGCUCUGCCGUCACCGCCUCCUGCCCCCCGCCGCAGACGACGACGAGCUCCCCCGGAUCGUCGCGGCGCCCCGCCGCCUCGUCCGGUUCUAGAGACUGACGGACGGAUCUCCAGACUCCAGCCCACCAGGGUCCGGGGGCGCCAGAUCGGCGUGGCGCUGCCGCCGUGCGCGCGCCCCUGCCUAUGAAUUGAGCGGCUCCAUUACCUGAUUAUUAGCUCUCGAUUAGGACUAGUACUUGUCUGUUCAUCUGUUUUUUUUUUUACUUUUUCUCUCGUCUUGGUUGCUCGUGUUUGGUGCUGUACUUGUAAAUACCGGCGGAGUGCUCUGCUCUGAUGAUGAUGAUGAUGAUGUAGGAGCACUCUGCACCUCGCAGCAGUGUCUGUAUUGUACAGGCUUUUUCUUUCCUUUGGGAAAAAAAUGCGAAGAGAUGAGAAGAAGAGAUUUUAAAAAAUUUGGCAGCAACAGACCUUUUUUUUUUUUUGCUUUUUUGAAGCUCUUUUAAAUGCCCUUUUGUUGUACGAGUACGAGUAUGUUCUACUCGUAUGAAACUACUAGUAUAAAAUAAAAUCCAGCACUUUCUUACGCA